UGAUGAUGGAUGACGUAGCCAUGGGCAUUUGCGAUUCCCGAUCGAGCUGCACCUCUGCGGCCAGCGCCACGAGCAAAGGAAGGGCACAAAAAAACGGCUGGCCGGCCGGCCGGAUAGAGGGCGGCGGAUCGUCCGAGCCAAAUGUGGGAGGGAAGCCCAAGUCCCGACUGCCGAGCGGAUAGUAGCCUCUCUCCUCCUCCAAGUCGUGGCGAGUUUCCACACACGACGACAACAUCGCCGGGUAGUGUCCCGACCGACUUGCCCGCUUGCACGGUCACGGUCUGCUCACAGGCUUCUCGUCAGAAGCCCGCCGCUACGAUGCCCCUCUUCUCGAGCAAGCAGGGCGACCAUGAGGAGAGGCGUCAAGGCCAGAACCGGCCUCAUGCCACUGCCGUCGACGACGACGACGAUGACGCCAGACAGGCGCCCCCCGACGAGCACACUCGACUGCUCCCCAACCGCGUCGACUCGACUCCCCCGCGUGGCAUGCUCACGCCCGACGAUCCGGCCGUAUCGCCUUACAACCUCUGGAGCAUCCGCAUAUUGCGCUAUCUGACGCUCCUCUUCACCACCAUCACCUUUGCGUGGUGGGUCGUGCUGCUCGUGUCCGCCUUUGCCACCCCUCCGGGCUUGCACACGCGUGGCAGUGGCUUCUUCGCCUUCAGCUACACAAGCCUCGCGCUCGCCAGCCUGCUCUUUACUCUCGUCUUCUUCGGCGUGCCCUCCAAGGCUGUCAGGAUCCUGGCAAUCGUCAUGGCGUUCCUCUUGCUACUCGACAUGAUUCUUCUGCUGUGUGUGCAGCAGACGCGGUAUGAGGAGGGAUGGGUCGGCAUCGUGAGCGUCAUCUGGGUUCUGCUCAUGAGCCUUUGGACCCUCAUCACCGACCGAGCUGUCAAGUGGGGCAAAGAGGAAGAGGAAGAGAGACUGACGGGCCGGGCUGAGACGAGGCGAACUCUCACUGAAUGGCUGGCCGUGCUGCUCUCAACCAUAGGUUAUUCUGUCAUGGUCGUUGCCGUGGUGCUCAUCACCCUGACGAUCAUUCUGCGAGCCCUCGAUGCCGGGGUCGCGCCGCCAGGGAAGCUUUACCAGGUCGACAACGGCAAGUAUCGCAUCCAUGUGUACUGCCACGGCAACGAGACGGACGCAAAUGGGCACAAGCUGCCGACCGUGCUCUUCGAGGCUGGUGAGAGGCCUUUUGAGGAACAGCUGUGGAGUUUUGCAGACAACGCCAUCAAGAACGGAUCCAUCUCGCGCUAUUGCUUUGCGGACCGGCCGGGCAUCGCUUGGUCCGACACGGCGCCAUCGCCGCUGUCCGCAGGCUUCGCCGUCGACGUCCUCAGCGAAGCCCUCGCCGAGGCGGGAGAGCAGGGGCCGUGGAUCCUCGCCAGCGCUGGCAUCGGCUCUCUUUACUCUCGCGUUUUCUCGUCUCGCCACGGGCAUGAGGUUAAGGGCCUGCUCCUCAUCAACCCGUUGCACGAGGACUUCCUCGGCGCCGUGGCGCGACCCGGGCGAGGAUUUCUGCUGUGGUUGCGCGGCAUCAUAUCGCCCCUGGGGCUGGAUCGGUUGACGGGCGCCAUCUUCCGGGGACGGACCAACAGGGACCGCAUCUACGGGCGGGCGUCGCAGCAGAGCGGCAAGUUCAUCUUUGCGCAGCUGCAAGAGAGUCUCGUGGCCGACUCCUUUACCAAGCGCGAUGUGCGCAGCAGCCGGCAGAUACAGCAACGCGACACGCCGCUCAUCGUCGUCAGCUCGGGCAAGGAAGUCAAGCGCAGCAGGGCGUGGGAGGAGAAGCAGAGGGACCUGACGGAGCUGACGGAUGAAUUGCGGCACUGGGACAUUGUCAACGGAGCGCCGCACCGGGUGUGGGAGACGCUCGAGGGGAGGCAGCAGAUCGAGAAACGGCUGCGCCAGCUAGUGCAGGGCGGAUAGGACGCAAGCGCAUGAGUACUAACGUUAGUAGUUCAUCCAAGGGGAGAGUGUCUAGGAGGUGAGAUGACCCCGGGAGGUCGGGCCGCGUUUAGUGAUUCGGCAGAGCGUGGAGGGGAAUGGACGACUGUUGUUGAUGUUGAUGCCGCAAGAAUGAAGCAUGCAAUUUCCUGGCCUAGCGCCUGUCUCUCUCUGGUCUGGUCGCGUCUGCAGUGAGUAAGCCAGCAUCUUUCUUGCCGUCACUCCCGCUGCGAGUUGGGCCAGGACGCACAGAUUGGCAGAGGUCGUUGUCGUCAUGUGCAGGUGAGUAAAAGUACACGUACAGGUAGAGUCACACGAGCAUUUGGUCCUGCAAGCCCCGGCAGUUGACGCAGAGGGAAGGACGGGAGUGAGUGAUGAGAGAGAGGGAGAGAGAGUGAGGUGAGGCUUCGGUGCAGAUGCCGACCGAUGGGGCUUGGCUGAUAGACGUCAGCGCCAGAGAUGGAAGGCGCCAGGGGGCCUGCUGGUCUUUGGUGACCUGCCGAAGGCCCCAGAAAACACGGUUCCAAUCGUACCGUACCUUGCCUUGCGAAUGGGAGGUACAGCAUACACACCUGGCGCUGACCGCAAUGCCCGCAUCGUGUGUUCGAUGUACUUUGGAAAGGUAGGUACCCAGCAUCCAGCCAGGGAAGGCCCGGCCUGUGUUCUUGCUCGCCAAGGGCCUUGGCCAUUCAGGUGCGGCAUGUGACAUGCUGUAGUACUUACUGACUGCCGGCCUUUUAUUUCUGGCCCAUGUGGCCGGGGUCUUGAUGCAUGAACAAACAAUUGUGCUCGGUGCUUGGUUCGCGUCAGGCGCCGGAGAGGGCAAGACUGGUAAUAAAGUGGCCGUCACGGCCCCUGGCACUGGGCAGCAUGGGUGGUGUGUGUGAUGGGAGGGUCAGGCCCAACCACUAAGUUCGAAGUAACUAGUAAUUCAUCUCGGUGCAUUGAAGGCAG